UUCACUUCGUAAUCAACUUUCUUCUGCAGCGAAGAUGUUUUCACGUUGCCUCCUCCGCCUUCACUUCGUGGGCGUCGGGACAAUGGUAGUGGGCGUCUUCCUCAUGACGACCCAUUUCCUCUACAAUGACUGCUGGUCGACGAAAUGUUCUCAGGACAAGGAAUUCCUCAGCAUCUUCAGUUUCCUGUGGAUCGUCUCUGGGGCGAGCAUCCUCCUCUUAGCCAUGCUCCUGUCAAGAAGAGACAUCGGCCAGUACAGUGACAUCCCCUCGAGCCAGGUGAACGAAGGUGCCAUCUACCCAGUGCCAGAUUCGUGCCAGUACCAACAAGGUGCUAAGUGCCAAGUGGAAGACCCGCCUCCACCAUACCAAGGACUGGAUACCUCUCCGCCUCCUUAUGAGUGUACUGUGUAAAGGGAUUUUUUUUUUCUUAUUCUUAAUUAAUUUAUUUACUUAUUUAUUAUUUGCCGGGGGUUGUCUGUAUGUUUUUU